CCUUGCCAGUAUUAGGCCUAGAGGAGACCCCAGCUCUUUCUCCAUCAGGCCCUUUCUUCGACUGUUCUGUCCAGUCUCAUCAAGAAACACACAAACGAAACCAUCCCUUCAAUUAGCUCCAACCUCCACCCUCCACCCUCCACCCUAAGCGUUUCUCUCUUUGCCUCUCACUCUGUUCCUGAACAGCAAAAUGGGCAAAGAUCGAAAUGGCAGCGUUCAAGAGAGAAGAAGCAAAAGCUCAGAGAAAGAGGACGAAAACGAAAGAAAAUCCGAGAAAGCGAUAGAACAUUUCGAUUCCCAGUCCGAAGAAGAUAGAAAACGCAGAAAAUCCAGAAGGAAAGCGCGGGAAAGCUCAGAGUUAAGUGAUGAAAAACGCGUGGGGAGCGAUAGAAGGAAGAGGAGAUCGCGGAGGCGGUACAGUAGCGAGUCGGAUUCGGAUUCGGACUCCAAGUCGGAGUCGGAGGAGAGCGGUUCGGAUUCGGCGUCGGAGAGUGAGAGCGAGAGCGAGAGUGAUAGUGACAGGAGGAGGAAGAGGAAGAGAAGGAAAGAGAAAGACGAUGACAGAGAAAGGAAGAGGAGAAGAAGAGAGAAGGAGAAGAAAAGGAGAAGAGAGGAAGAGAGGAAGAAGAAGAAGGAGAAGAGAAAGAGGAAGGGGAAGGAAAAGAAGGAGAAGGGAAAGAAAGGAGCUGUCACUGAUUCAUGGGGGAAGUAUGGGAUCAUCAGAGAAACUGAUAUGUGGAACAAACGACCAGAGUUCACUGCAUGGUUGGCAGAAGUAAAACAGGUGAACCUGGAACAUCUGCCAAAUUGGGAAGAGAAGCAGAUGUUCAAACAGUUCAUGGAAGAUCACAACACAGCUACCUUCCCUUCCAAAAAGUAUUAUAGCCUUGAUGCUUAUUACAGGCGUAAAUUGGAAAAGGAAAUCAAAAGAGGUUAUAAAAAGGUUGGGCAAACAGAACGUACUGUAUUCAAUGAUGAAGAACAGCGACGGCAAGAAAUGAUGCGAGUGCGUGAAAAGCAAAAGGAAGAAGAAGUAGAAGCUCUGAAGCGCUCUAUGCAGAGUGGACUGGCACAAGCAAUGAAAGAGCAAGCUCAACUCAGGGAAGAGAUGGCUUACCAGUACAAGAUUGGAAACUUUGAGGCUGCUGCUGCCAUUCAGAGAAGGUUAGACCCUGAUGCUGCUGUGUGAAAAUGGGUCGCUAUAAUUCAGGAAUUUAAUCCUGUCAUGUUUCUACUAUCAGCAGAAAAUUGCUUUUCGUUCCCCUAGUUUAAGUGCAUACGAAUCUAGCUAGACUGAACUACUAAAUGUACCCUCUGUAGCGGUUGUCCACUGCAGCCGGAAUGUCAUACUUUCUAGGUGGUUAUAUUUUCUGACCAAUUUCUCCUUAGCGGCUCGGUAAGUUUUGCAGAUACAUAGGAAAUGAUGUAUUUUAUUUACUGAUUUCUUAGCAGAUUGAUCAUGAAAGUCACCAACUCCUUUAUGCUUAUGAGAAACGCCAAUAUGAUGAUUUUCUUUUCCUUUUAAAA